CCCAAAUCUCGCGAGAUCUCCUGCUACAUACCGAGAACGCCACAUUACAGUGCAGGACAGAGACAAGGAAGAUGGCGGCGCAGGAGACCGAAGGAGCACAGCAGUCCACCGUAAGCAAUGGCGAGGUGAGCAGUAAUGGCGCAGCUACUUCAGGCCAGGUUGCACAGACGGGUGCGACUGCGCAGGAUCCGCAGCAGCAACAACAACAGCCCAACGCCUGGCAAGUCAUUAAGGGUGUCCUUUUCAGGAUCUUCAUUAUAUGGGCCAUCAGCAGCUGGUUCCGCAGAGGGUCAUCGACCCCUGACCCCAGCACCCCUGCAGGUGCUCCCCGGGUGCCCAGCCGCAACCUCUUCCCCAAGGACACCCUAAUGGAUCUGUAUGUGUUUUUAUCUGAAAAUGAGGUAUUUUCAGAAUUCAACAGCACAGAAGCCCUGUUUUGGUUCCAGCGGGACCUCGUCUACGGAGACUGGACCACAGGAGAAGCAGGGGACGGAUGCUACGAGCAUUACCUGGAACUGGACACACCUGAGAGUAUGAAGAAGAACAGCUCGUUAUACAUCCACGUGUACUUCACCAAGAGUGGCUUCCAUCCAGAUCCAAAACGCAAAGGCCAGUAUCGCAGGCUGGCCACCGUCCACGCUACACGAAUGCUGAACAAGUUCAAGCGCAGGAAGUUUCUGAAGACGAAGAACUUGCUGACGGGAGAGACAGAAGCUGAUCCAGAGAUGAUUAAGCGGGCAGAAAGUCAUGGUCCGGUGGAGAUCAUAUCUCACUGGCAUCCGAACUUAACUAUCAACAUGGUAGAUGAUCAUACAGCCUGGGUGAAAGGCUCAGUGCCUCCACCCCUCGACCAGCACGUCAAGUUUGAUGCAGUGAGUGGGGACUACUACCCCAUCGUUUACUUCAACGAUUAUUGGAACCUGCAGAAGGACUACUACCCCAUAAACGAGACUCUAGAGAAGCUGCCCCUGCGCCUCACCUUCUGCCCGCUGUCUCUGUGGCGCUGGCAGCUGUAUGCAGCUCAGAAUGCCCGCUCUCCCUGGAACUUCCUGAGCGAGGACACGUACGAGCAGUCCGAUGAGGACCAGGAUUCUGUUAAGGUGGCACUGCUGGAGACUAAUCCCUACCUACUGGGCCUGACUAUUGUCGUCUCAAUCGUGCACAGCAUCUUUGAGUUCCUGGCAUUCAAGAACGAUAUCCAGUUCUGGAACAGUCGCCAGUCUUUGGAGGGGCUGUCUGUGCGCUCCAUCAUAUUUGGCGUGUUCCAGUCCCUGGUGGUGCUCCUCUACAUCCUGGACAACGAGACCAACUUCGUGGUGCAGGUCAGCGUCUUCAUCGGGCUGCUCAUCGACUUCUGGAAGAUCACCAAAGUCAUGGAUGUCAAGUUGGACAGAGAGAACAAGAUUGCAGGAGUUAUUCCACGACUGACAUUCAAAGACAAGUCCACAUACGUUGAAUCUUCAACUAAAAUCUAUGAUGAUAUGGCCUUUAAGUACCUGUCCUGGCUCCUGUACCCGCUCUUUGGGUGCUAUGCUGUUUACAGCUUAAUCUAUGUAGAGCACAAAGGCUGGUACUCAUGGGUGCUGAGCAUGCUCUAUGGAUUCUUGUUAACAUUCGGUUUCAUCACGAUGACUCCGCAGCUCUUUAUCAACUAUAAGAUGAAGUCAGUGGCUCAUCUUCCAUGGAGGAUGCUCACCUAUAAAGCACUAAACACAUUCAUAGAUGACCUGUUUGCGUUUGUGAUCAAAAUGCCCAUGAUGUACAGAAUAGGCUGUCUUCGAGAUGAUGUAGUGUUCUUCAUUUACUUGUACCAGAGGUGGAUCUACAGAGUGGAUCCCAACCGCGUCAAUGAGUUUGGCACGAGUGGAUUGGACCACAACAAAGAGAACUCGGCUCAGGCAUCAGUGGGAGACACAGCCACCACCGCCGCCACCCCCGCUGCCGCCAUCACAGAUAAACCAGAGGAGGAGAAGAAAAACGAUUAAUAUAUUUUACACGCUCCUGUCUAUUGAAGGUGUAUCAGACAUCUUCAAAGCUGAGUUUAUGUCUAAUCGUCGGGAAAGCGAACUGGAAUAUCGGUAUUCUCUAAAGGACACUGCGUGAAAUUUCAGUUCAUCUUUCCUCUUUUUGUAUGAGAUCUGCAACAACAACAAACAAAAAAAAAUCUCAUUUAAUGUAGAAUUCCUAAUAUUUUUCAAUCUCCUACAUUUUGCAGUCAAGGUGAAGUAAAAAUGUGAUGUACUGUAUUGUAUAUUUUUGGGUUGGUUAACACUACCAUUAUGAAGAUUAACCAGUAAGCAAGUCCCAUUAGUGCAGACGGGCUUUUGCAGUACAUAUUGUAACGUAUAUGGAGAAGACAAAAAAAAGAAGCCAAGUCAAGCUUUUUUAAAAAAAAAUUUUCUCCCCUUUCUUCCCACCUCCCCUCUCAGUGGAUUCCAUCACAUUUUCUUUUCUCAUUCCAUGCGUGAACGCUGUGUAUCAGGACAGGGGUGAGUAGUGUGAGAGGAAGCAGCACAACUUCUGGAGAACGUGAGCUGCUGAUCCUGCAUACUACUCACUGGAGACUGUGAAUUUUUUUUAAAGGGUUGGUGUUCUAAGCUUGAACAACAAAAAAUGCAACCUUGUAGGUAUUAAAGUAAUUACAUUAACAUUAUUAAUAUGUUAAUGAUGAUUCAUACCAUUUUUUUUGUUUUGUUUUUUGGCCUCAUAGUUUUCUUUUAUAUGUUCUAAGCCUGUACAGUCAGCUUGCGAAAUCUAAUUGUGCUGAUGUCAAAAUGAAACAAUAGCAGGAACUUUUGGUCUUCUGCUUGACCACAUCAGAUCCCCCCCCUCCUACUCCCCCUCCCUCUCCCUUUACAUGAACACACUCCAAAGCAGGACCAUUGUGGCGUGUUAAGUAUGGCUGCAGCUGCAGGCUCUGAUAUGUGCAAGACACAGGUCGGUGUAGUCUGAAUAUUUUUGGGACGAAAUGGGUUCUUUGUCUUGCUUUUUUUUCCUCCGAAAUUGGAAUUGUUGGCCUUUAAUUUUGGUACAUUAAAGAUUGAUCACUCA